AUGGACGCCUCCUCCCUCCGCAUCUCCAAGUUCGAUGGAACUAACUUCCACGCCUGGAAGUUCAAGAUGCAGAUGGUGCUGGAGGAACGGGACCUAUGGGAGGUCGUCAGCGGUGAGAUCAAGGCGGAACAGUGCGAGACUCAGUUGGACCAAGCGACGUACAAGAGGAAGUCAAGAAAGGCGAUGGCAGUGAUCUGUCUAGCCAUGGAAGAUUCCCAGCUACCGUUGGUCCGGUCGGCAAGUGGUGCAUGCGACGCAUGGUCAAGGUUGGAAGACCACUUCGAGAAGAAGAGUCUUGCCAACAAGCUGUUCUUGCGCCGUCGCUUCUUCACGACAAUGAUGGAAGAAGGCGACGAUGUGCUCGAACACAUCAACAAGCUCAAGACGCUGGCGGAACAGCUAGAAGCGGUGGGGGCUCCAGUCUGCGAGGACGAUCUGGUGAUCACACUCCUCGGCAGCCUGAGUGACUCGUAUCAAUUCUUGAUCACAGCUUUGGAGUCGCGCUCAGACACUCUUAGCUGGGAGCUCGUGACGUCUCGACUGCUUCAUGAAGAAAUGAAGCGGAAGGAGCAAGGAAGUAAAGGUGAUGAAGCUUCGCAAGGUCAAGCGUUCAUCACAAGGGACAAUCAGCGCAAAGGGCGACCAGUGAAGAAGUCCUGGCCGUGCCACAAUUGCGGAAAGAUUGGUCACUGGAUGGCGGAGUGCCCCUCGCGCAUCCAAGAAAACACGGAGAGACACCGGCCACAGCGUGCUCAAGACAGCGGCGACCGCUAUCGAUCACAACGUGCAAACGUCGCUCAAGAAGAAGACUCGGGCGACUACCUCUUUUCGAUCGGUGAAACGACAUCUGCGAAAUCGAGCGACAUCUGGCUGGUCGACUCCGGGGCGACGCAGCACAUGACGUGCUCCAAGAAGUUCAUGCGGAACUACAAGGGGUUUGACGCUGUGGAUGUCCAUCUCGCGGAUGAUGGAAUCGUCAAGCAAUCGGCAGUGGGGACAUUGUCAUGUCGAUGA